GCGCAGUUCGCCGGCGAGCGCCACUCCGUCUUCAUCUUGAACGAUCUUAACGCUGUUGAUCGACUUCUUUGCAAUUUACAUGUCUUCAUAAUUUUCGCGAACUUUAAAAAACCUUUAAAAUUUUAAAAAGUGAAGUGAAUUAUAAAUUUAAAAAAUAUGGAAAGAUUCAAGACGGAUUUUAAUUUUUAAUAUUUAAUAAAUUUAAUAAUAUUUAUAGUAACUAAAAAUCAUUUGUAAAAAAUUGUUUAAAGUGUUUUCAGUACUUUUUUAAUCUGUUAAACUACGUUUCUUAAAUUAUUUCAUAUCAUUGACUCAUCUUUUAAUCGACAUUAUUUAUAAAUUUUCGUCAUGACGCACACAAAUUACAUCGCUGCGGUCCACGACCGUUUAUUCGGCCGUGCUCCGCCCACCGGUGCCAACACAGGUGGCGCCGCAGUCAGCAAUGGUUCAACGCGCAGCCGCACUAGUUCCAACGGCAGCCAGCUGUCAUACGUCGACCAUCGCACGCCUAUACAGAUGCUGAUAUCGCAAAAAAUCAGCGGUGGUCGAAUAGCUGUCAUAUUAUUAGGUAUUUUCACUCUUACGAUCGGGAUUAUUUUCUCGUCGAUUCCAUGGCUUGAUUAUUUAAUUUUAAAGCAAUUGAAAUUAUGGAACGGUUCGAUAUCUUAUCAGUAUUGGCAGAAACCGGGUGUCAUCCGACUGACGAAGGUGUAUAUCUUCAACAUGACCAAUCCGGACACCUUCCUCAGCAAACAGGAAAAGCCCAAACUGCAGGAAGUGGGGCCGUUCGUCUAUCGAGAAGAUAUGGAGAAAAUCAACAUAAAAUUCCAGAAUAAUGGAACAGUCACAUUCCAACAUCGGAAAAUUCUACAAUUCGUUCCAGAAUUAUCCAUCAGUAAUCAAGAAAAACUCACAGUGCUCAAUGUUCCUUUGAUGGCAUUAUCAACACAAUCAAAUUCUUUGGGAUAUAUGAUUCAGAAAACGAUAUCAUUUAUUCUAAAUAUGGGAAACCACAAACCAUUCAUUACGCUAACUCCUGAUGAAUUAGUGUUUGGUUAUGAUGACGCCAUUGUUACUUUAGCGCAUCAUUUUUACCCUAAACAUAAGAAACCGCUAACUCAAAUGGGAUUACUUAACGGGAGAAAUGGAACAAUAAAAGACAUCCAAACAAUUUUCACUGGUGAAACCGGAAUGGAAAUGUUCGGACUGAUGGAUAGAAUGAACGGUAAGGAUACCUUGCCAUUCUGGGAUCAAUCGCCAUGUUCAGAUUUAAGAGGAAGUGAAGGAUCUUUCUUCCCACCAAGAUACUUCACGAAAAAAGAUGUUCUACAUGUUUUUGAUAAAGAUCUGUGUCGAAUCAUGCCAAUAAUAUACAGAAAAUCUGAAGUUAAGAACGGCAUCAGUGUAGAUCUCUAUACUCCACCGGAUGAUAUCUAUGAUAAACCGGAAGUCAAUAAAAUAAAUAAAUGUUUCUGUCCUGGGAAUCAAUAUUGUCCUCCGAGAGGACUACAGAGUAUAGGACCUUGUCAUUAUGAUGCACCUCUGUAUGUAUCCAAUCCUCAUUUCUACAACGCUGAUGAAAGUCUAUUGGAUUCCGUAGAAGGUCUUAAACCAGGCAAAAAACACAGCAGUUACUUUAAAAUUCAACCGAAAUUGGGAGUACCUCUGGAAGCUAAGGUCCGGUUGCAGGUCAACAUGAAAAUAGACCACGCACCUAAUGUCCGAUCAGUCGCCAACUUCCCAUCAAUCAUCUUCCCAAUCAUGUGGAUAGAAGAGGGUAUUAGUGAUGUGACCCCUUCAAUCCGCCGGUGGAUCUACCUCGCGACCACUUUCGCAGACAUGGCUUCCCCUAUGUUUACCUAUGGUUGUAUCCUCCUAGGAACCUGCAUCCUCAUCGGGAUCUUCAUCAAUACCUAUAAAAGUAUAGUUUUUACAAAGGAGACUAUCGAAGUGGGUAUGAAGACCUUCCGAAGGGGCAACUCCUUCAACAGUCGCUAUCUCAUCGUAAGAGAUAGUUACUCACUACUUCAUGAUCAGCGAGAACAACGAGAACAACUCUAAUUUAUUAAAACAUGACAUUCUAAGGUGAUUCAAAGACUUUUUCGUAGAAAAGUCUUAGAAUAUUUAUUUGCUCAACCGAUUAAACGCUCAAAAUGGAACCUCAUAUAUUUAAGCAUGAUAGUGUAGAAUCUAAGAUAGUUUUAAGCAUUCUAAGACAAGUUAUAUAGUUUUAAGGAUUUAGAUUUUAAAAUAUUCAACCUUUUGAUAUUCUGAUAUUAUAGAAACAUUCUGAAAUACUGUAUUUUUGAAGGAUUUCAUGAAGAAGACAAUAAAUGUGAUAUUGAAUAUAA